UAGUGCAAUUGUCACACUUCCUCCGACGAUAAUGAUAUUAUUGACUGCUAAUAAUUCGUAGAGUAACAAUUUUGGAGUGUUGGUGUCCUUUCACUGGAUAUACUUAAUAACUACAAGUGCAUAAUAGCCGAAGAAUAAAUGUAUAGCUAACAAGCGGUGCGAAGAUAAAAAUCCUCUUCACAUUCAAGCACCGUAGGACUUCCACUUCCUGUGUUCGUUCGUGACAGAAAGCGCAGCUGGCCUGCAUCUGGCUGGGCGAUGGCUGGAUCAGAUUCUAAAAUAUCGCUGAAAAUCGGCCAGCGCGUCGAGAUCGGUGGGAAAGACUGUCAGGGCGCGAUAGCCUAUAUCGGACACCCAGCUUUUGCUGCUGGCAAGUGGAUCGGUGUGAUACUCGAUGAGCCAAAGGGCAGGAACAAUGGCACUAUCAAGGGCCAGUUUUAUUUCAAAUGUGCAGAAAACCAUGGAAUGUUUGUGCGUCAGUCACAGUUGAUCCUAAUUGACGAAGUUGGAAAUAGGAUGGAGCCUGUUAGUUCACCCUCUGUAGCUGCCAGUGGCCCCACAACCCCAGAUGAAUCUGGAGCUUCCAGGGCCAGAAGUCGACUCACCAGCGCUGGCAUGCGUCAAAGGAAUCAGCCGACUGCAGUACGAAGAAAAACGUCGCCGGCUCAAGUCAUACAACAAACAGAAAAACUUUCAGGCUCGAGGCUGUCACUGGCAGGAAGCAGGAGCCACUUGGCCGCGCCUAGUACGGAAAAUCUCAGCUCCGCUGUCGGCCACGAGCGCAAGGAUGCCGGCGAAACGCACAUACCUAUUCCCACGACCACCAAGAGGGCUUCCUUCGUUGAGACUGGUUUUGUGGAAACUCUGAAACCACAAUUUGUACCUGGUCAAGCCAUUGGCCCAAGUGCAGUUCAGUCCAACGUGAUAGAGGAAAAACUCACCAUUUUACAUCUCCAACAAGAAAAUGAAUCUUUAAAAGCUCAGAUUCGAGAUCUUUCGGAACGAAUAGAGGUACUGCGCGUGAAACGUAUGCAAGACAAGGAGAAGCUGAAGGACUUUGAGAAAAUGAAAAUUCAAAUCGAGCAACUCAUCGAGUUCAAGGCCAAAGUGAUGGAGAGUCAGGCCAGCCUGCAAAGAGAACUCCAGAGGGCUCGCCAAGAAACUCGGGAUGCCCACGCUGCGCGCGAACAGUACCAGGAUGAGAUGUCGGACUUGGCCGAGACCGUCGAGAUGGCCACCCUUGACAAGGAAAUGGCCGAGGAGAAGGCUGAGACUCUGCAAAUCGAGUUGGAACAACUCAGGGAAAAACUCGAGGAGCAAACCUUGGACUUGGAAAUCCUGCGAAACGAGAUGUCUGAAAAGAUGUCUGGGAGCACAGUGGUAACUGGAGCGACAACGAGUUUCGAAGUGAAACAGCUGGAACAGCAGAACGCCAGGUUGCGCGAGACGCUCGUUAGAAUGAGGGAUUUAUCGGCUCACGAGAAGCACGAGUUUCAAAAGCUGCAAAAGGAUUUGGAGCAAAAGAAAUCCGAGAUUUUGGAGCUUAGCAGAACGAAAGAAAAGCUGUCGGAACGCGUAGAGGAGAUGGAGAAUCAAAUUGCCGAUCUUCAGGAACAAGUCGACGCAGCCUUGGGUGCCGAAGAGAUGGUGGAGGUUCUCGGUGAACGUAAAAUGGCUCUGGAGGAGAAAGUCGCGGAACUCGAGGAAGCCGUCACGGAUCUGGAGGCUCUGCAAGACAUGUCUGAUCAGCUCGCCGAAUCGUCCAAAGAGCUGGAAAUGGAGCUCAGGGAAGAAUUAGACAUGGCGCUGGGUGGCGCGCGAGACGCCUUACGUCAGCGGGACGCCGCCCUCGAAACUUUGUCCGACCGCGAGAUGACAAUCACCAAAUUCCGCGAGCUCACCCUGAAGCUGCAGGAACAGUGCGUCGAGUUGCAGAAUCGACUUCAGUCGACCGAGUCGACCAAGACCGCGGCCAAAGGAACGGGGCAACAACUUGCCGAGAUCCUCGACUUUCAGAAGACCUUUGCCGAAACUAAAGCGCAAACCAAGGCAGUGGAUUUGGAAUUGAGGCGGCAAGACGCCGAAGAAGCUCGGAACCACGUACAGUAUUUGUUGUCGUUCAUGCCUCCGGCAUUUAUGAACAGAGGCGGUGAUCACGAUGCCGUUUUGACGCUUCUGUUUGUGCCGAGGUUGAUCAAAAAGACCGAAAUACUCAUUUCUCAAGUGCAAGACAAGUACAAGCCCGUUGAAAAAAUCGACCGAGCUGCGGUAGUCAAAGGCCACGCGGUAGCCCAGAGUGCCUUCAGGUCUCGGCUGUGCGUACACAUGUACGCCCUGCAAACAGCCCUCGGCUGCUUCGAGUCGGCUUUGAACGUCUGUAGUCCCGAACUGUUGCUCAAAAUCGGCAGUAGCUAUCCUGAAAUGGCAGCCCAGGAGAAAUCCGUGGACUCGUUGAUCGAACUCGCGAGGCGCGAUCAGCUCGACGAGAAUCUGCCAAUGGAGGCCAUUGAGAAGUGCUGCCAGUACUUUUGCACAAUGUUCGGCAUCUACUUUGGCGAGGAGGAUUUGACGAACCAAGCACGGCUCGUUGUCAAUGGCACUAGGUGUCUGAGCAGUGCGUGCGACACACUGUGCACCGAGGCAGCUACCACUCGCAAUCUCAUAGACGGUGAGCCGGGCGACAUGGGCUUGCUGUGCCAGCACAUCGAAACCGUCUGCGAUGCCGUUCAACAGAAUCUGAAGACCGCUCGACGACGCGUACCCCGUGAAUUCCUCUCGACUCUCUCGCCCAACGAAGCCAACCUCGGCCUAUCCAAGGACUGGUAUGAGCAAAUCGUCACGUGCUACCAACACUCCACGAAGCUGACGAAGGUGUUGCAGGACCUAACGAAAACUUCAUUGCAGACCAUACUUACUAGUGGAGAUCUAGAUACGGGCCUGAGCGCGUCAAAGCUCAAGGAGAUGACGGCCAUCUCGACGGAGAAGAUCUACGAUGUGGACGACAUCGGGGCCAUAGCCACGAUCAAGGCUAGUCUUUCUGUGGUUCAAAAGGUGGCUACGAGUCUCUCUGAAAAGAUGGCCGAGUGCGAGAACGAGCUCGUCAUUAGCGGCAGUCAAGCUCUUCGCAGGAAGGAUAACGUCGAGGAGAACAGCCCGAUUUUCGUACGAGCUCAGGCUACCCGUAAGGAGAUGGAGGAGACCAAGAUUCUCAGCAGGAAACUCGAGUCAAGAGACGCUGAUGUACGCGAGGCCAAACUGGCUCUCCGAGAAAAACAAGAGGAACUGUCCGAAAUGAUUUUGAGAAAGGAGUUGGCUGAGAAACGACUCACUACGCAGCAGCACGAGCACGAAUUGUCCAUCGAAAAGCUAAAGAGAAACUUGGAGGAGGUCCAGACUCUUCUGAGACGAAAGGAAAAAGAAUUCGAAGAGACGAUGGACCAUCUGCAAACGGACAUCGACAGUCUGGAGUCCGAGAAGGGCCAGCUCAAGGAGAAACUCAAGUCCUUCGGCAAAAAGACCGGCACGGCCACGACACCCAGUGCCGAUGGAACUCCCAGUCUCAUAUGUUCCAGUAGCCUCGGCUCUAAUAUCGGCGUGCCUGUGCAAGAAGGUGCGUUGCACGAUAAAAUCCAGGCGCUUCAGGACGCCCUCAAGGAGGAGUCGCGCCAAAGGCAGGCACUGCAGUGCGAAAAAAUGUUGCGCAAACUUGAAUCGUUGCCACCCCUGCCCAAGUUUGACAGUAAGCCCGAGGAAGAUAACAAAAUCAAAGAGCUGAUACAAAGGAAACAGGAGCUGCUCAGGGAAGCAAGGAAUAUCUCGUACUUCCCUGUGGUGCCGGAUUUGACGAGAAGGAAGCUUUUGUUGGCGACGGAAGAACCUAUCUUCGAUAAAGUAACACCGGUGUAUAAAAUGAUAGACAGAGAAAGAAAGAUAAGGAAUCUAAAGGACCAAGCUGAUCUUCUGAGCGCUAAAAUAAGAGAAGAAAUAAUAAAACGGACGUUCGGUGCCCAGGCUGAGGCGCAGUUCGCCGUGUUCCCGUCUCGACACGUGGUAUCGGCCUUGAAAGAGGCAAAAGAGCCCGUGCUCGUCGAAGUUGAAAUACCGCACAAAGGACCCGGACGGACAAUCCCGUUAUCGGUGGGCACGCAAGAACUGCGCAAGAUCCACCAGCUGAUGUCAUACUGAAGAGCCACCGUCACGAUUUUUAAUUCGUUUUAGGCGUGCUCGGACAUUGAUGAAAUGAUAAGUUGUUUGGUGAUACUACAUAAGUGCUUUAUGAUGCAUGACAGAGAAAAUUGAUACUUUCUCUUUGCUUUGAUCCUGCAAGUGUAUGAUAUGUGCAAAUGAAGAAACUUUAGCGUGUAAUUUUGUAUCGGCGUGAGUGGUGCUUUCAAAGUCUAAUCGAUUUCAUUACUGCCGUCUUACGAAGGGGUAUUAUUUAUAAUCAUGAUUAAUUUACUUUAAAUGUACUUAGCUAAUGAUUUAUGUGAAAUAAAAAAUUCAAGCUUGUCAAUGGGUAUUUUUUAAACGUACAUCUUUAAAUUACGUACUAAUUUAGUGUCUCCGUUUUUAUUAUUAAAUAUCACACUUUACUUACAAGAUGAAAUAAAGAUUCGAUUUAACUUUGACAAUACCAAUACCCAACUGAAUGUAUAUAUUGUAACAGGAGGAUAUUAUGAAAACUGCUAUGAAGUAUAAAUAAAAUA